AUGGUCGCUCAUGUUCAGUCGCCUGUCUUUGAGGAGCUACAUGGAAUGAUCGGGAGCGAUUUAAUGGUCCAUUUAUUAAAGGACCUUAGCUUGUUUGUGAAGACAGGCUCGUGUUAUUUACAAGUAGCGGGAUGUCCCGUAAAUGAAGUUGGUUUGAAGCAGGAUACGGCGACGAAAGCGGAUGGCCAAAACGGUUAGUUCAAAUGUUCAAUAAUUCAGUUAGAUUUUAUGAAGCUCGCGGCAAACGUCUCAAUUUACAAUUCUGGGGCGGAUUGUUCACAAGUCGACUAGCUUUUAAUAACCCCAGGUUAACCGAAGCAAACUACUUUAUUAUAAAUUUGUUUGAUUUAAUUAUUAUAAUUCGCAAUUUGUUUACACUUUAUAAAUUUGGAAAUAUUUCUUCAGAAAUCUUGUCUACCUCAGCAGGAGUUGUACCCUCUGAAGUUUUGAAAUAAACAGACGUGCAGAAAUACAAACUACUAAAACUUUACAAAAUUUUGUUUUCUUUGCUAGUAAUCGGGCUUUGAACAACCGGUCCUUGAACAACCGGCCCUUGAAUAACCGGCCCUUGAAUAACCAACCCUUUGUUCUUCUGGGGCCAGUUGUUCAAAAGACGGCUAGCCUAACUCUGGGUAAACACAAAAUUUUCCAACAGCUCAUCAAUCAAGUUGAAUAUGUUUUUCCAGAAAUCUUCCCUGGUUCAACAGAGGUUUUAUUUUCUAAAGUUUUGAAAAAAUGAUCAUGCAGAAGUACAUAAACAAAAACAGCAGGUUAAAAUUUAACCCAGGGUUAGCGCUAAUCAGACUUUGAACAACCGGCACCUGGGGCUGGGUUAAAAUUAAAACAGCUGGUUAAAUUUUGAUUGAGGGUUAGAGCUAAUCCAGCCUUGAAUAAUUGGCCCUGGCGAUUUAGUUUCCUGUGGAACAACCACUGAACCUCCUUAUAACUAAUUACGCCUUGAUGCACCCCACUCUAUUAAUUUACUCUGUCUUAUUAAAUGUCUGACUAUUUUACUCUGUUUAGCACCAGACCAUUUUACUCGUCAAGGAGAUAGCGCUCGCACUUAAUAGGUUAAUAUAUUUCACAGUCUAUAUAUUAGUUCUAAUGCACCAGUCAUUUGCUUCGUUAGGGGCUGUGUAUAUUGAAACGAGCCCAGUAAACUGGUUUAUACAUGGAGAAAAAAUUAUCCUCCUUGGGGCUAAUUUUGCUGCGUUGACAGUUAAAAAAAAUGGCUUGCAACUGACUGACGGCAUCUUUAAUCUUGGCAAGUGAGUGUUUCAUCCUUGCAACCAAGAUGUCAAACCCAGCUUGUCUGUAUAAACACAAAGUAAUUUCUGUCACAAAAAUAACUACACAAGAAGCAGGGUACGAAUUAAGGUGUCAAAACAGCUUCGCAAAAAUUUUGGUAAAUAAAUACUGCCUAUUUCAAAACAUCCUCAGAAAUACCGUAUGAAAAACUAGUUACAUAUUAUUCUGACAUUGCAGAGUACAACAAAAUUCAUUGUCUCGAACGAAUUCGAAUCCCGCUUGAGACAACAAACUUUUCGUUGUACUCUGCAGUGUCUUGCUGUACUGGUUAUUACUAUAUUCAGCUAGCAUAUUAAAAUGCAAGACAGGUCAUUUUGUUAAAAAUGUUAGUUAUAAAUUAAGCAACAAGCAAUACUUAAUUUGUGUGUUCACAAAUAAUUUUCAAAAAUAAUUACUAGUAACAAGGCCACCAAUGUUCACAAAAAAACCCCCGUUUAACCUUUAUGUAAACGUUUCUCAUAUCUGAGCGUACCCAAGGAAGUCUAAGUAAAAUCUAAACUGAUUUAAAUAUUACUUACAACAGGAAACAAUUGAAUGAAUAAGACCAAAAGGCCGAAAUAUAUGUGCCGUGUUUUCAUGUGAACUGUCAAAACAUUCAGAAAUGCGAUUACAUUCCUAGGCUACGCCCGUGCGCCAAUUACUGGCAUUUUGACAAACUGCAAACCCUUUUACUUUUAGGCGUAAGUAAACAUCCGGUUUGUAGUAUUUAGCCGCCCUUAAUAUUAACUGUGAUUGAUUACAGCAUAAAUUGGGAUUGUAUGACUGCAACCUGACUACAAAACAAAAAUCAAAGCCUCGUCAAAACAAUAUAAACAGCAGACAAACAAACUAAAAGCAAAAACAGCGCGUUCGGCUCUCUCAUAUUCAUGUUCGUUAUGUUUAUGCAAUAUAUUUUCAAAAUUUUCACUUCGCAUUUUCCAGUUUGCCAAGCAAUUUCGCUUCGCAAAAUGUACAGAUGCUUCGCAAAUUGCGAAGUGCGAGCCGUUAAUUCGUACCCUGAGAAGAUCUUGCUCACCACUGUUACAAAUAGUGGCUGGUGGCCUAACAGUUUUUAUUAUUAGCACGACAAAAUUACUGGAUGCUGAUUGGUUUAGAGGAGUACAAUUAUUUCAUUAAUUGUACUGCAGUACAAUUAAUGAUUUUCCCAAAACAAACAAAAUGGCAGAAAGGUAUUUUGAACACAAAUGUGAAAUGAAAAUGCCCUUGAGGAACUAGAUGAAAAUACGAACAAACGCGCCAAAUUUUGCUUGAACAAAAGAACUAAAUGGAAAUACGAACAACAUUGAAAGUCUGGCAGGACUGGACUUUGGCAAGAACUCGCCCUGGCGGCUCGUCCAAUUUUGGUGAAAUUUCCAAACAUCACAAGUACUAUUAAAUUAAUCCCUAAUUAUACUCGGCAUCGCAUGAUUACCUAUACUUAUUUAGGGGGGCUAAUUUCCAUAAAGUGUUCAGUGUUCAAAAUGUUUUACGGAUAUGUUGGUGACUGACCCACUCUCCUUGACAAGUACAAUAACCAGUAUGGCAUAUUAUUGUACAGGGUAUGAAAUUAAAAGUUUAGUAUCCCCACUGUGAGUCCAGUAUCCCCUUGUAUUCAAGAGCUAUCAGGUAUUCAAAGGUGUUCAACUUUUUCUUAAGUACCGUAAUGUUUUAAAUUUUCUUAGUGUCAGUUUUGGUAUCCUGCAGAUAUUGGGAUACCUGUACUGCAAAUUUUAGACCCUGUUUUGUGAACACAAAGUAAUUCCUAUUGUAUAAUAAGUACAUGACAUGAUCUUGCUUACCUCAGGGCUAUCCUGUUAACUUAACAGCCCAGCUUCCAUAUUUACAGAGCAAAGACUUGUUAUUCUCUAGGCUUUCAUAUACUAACCAAAUGAGUGACAGCACUCCCCUUGCGAGUGAAAUAGUCUGACAUUAAACAGAGUGAAAUAACAAAGUAGGGCGCAUCUGGGCACAUUGCCACUUAAGGAGGCUCCCUACAGUUUCCAGUGUAUGUCAGUGUUUUACACUAAAACCUAUUUAAUUAAUUGGAAUCUAAAAAAACCUAAUUUUUUGCACAAGCCAUUGUUUCCUCUUAUAUAAAAGAGUAAUUUUAACCCACAAUCGCUACUCUUCACAUUACCAUGACAACAUGACGUCACCAUCUAUAUGGCCUAUAUCAACCAAAAAAAACACCUUAGCGGACAAAUAAGCAUGGUGACCUACCUUUUUUAUUGCAGAAAAUACAUUUUCAAAUAACUUUCAAACAGGAUUCAAAACUUCAUAACAAUGUAUUUUCUGCAAUAAAAAAUUAAGGGAGGUCAUCGUGCUUAUUUGUCCGCUAAGACAGCUUUUUUGGUUGAAAAAGGCCAUAUAGAUGGUGACGUCAUGUUGUCAUGGUAACAUGAAGAGUAGCAAUUGUGGAUUAAAAUUACUCUUUUACAUAAGAGGAAACAAUGGCUUGUGCAAAAAAAUAGUUUUUUAGAUUCAAAUUAAUCAAAUAGAUUUUAGUUUAAAACACUGACAUAUAUUGGAAACUGUAGGGAGCCUCCUUAACAAGCUAAAUGAAUUAACAAGGUACAUGGCCAGAUUGUCUGAUUAACCCAUUGAGUGGCAGCACUGUCCCUUGACAAGUAAAAUUGUUUGGCAUUAGACAGAGUAAAAUAACAAAGUAGGGUGCAUCUGUACACUGGUUGCAUCAUACACUAACAUGUCGUACAGUACUUGUUAUUUCACUUCUCAAGGGGAUAUACAGAUAUUGCAGAGCACACUCCCUAUCAGGGUUUUUCAGUGACUGGUUACAUUGUGAAUAGAUACAAAUGAUGUAGAUAGACAGAACCGGAACUGACAUGAAGCAGACUGAGGUAGACUGUGAGCAUACAAAUGGCGCUUUUACCAGCUGCUAUUAGUCCGUACCUCAUUGACGAUCUGCCCCCUAACCUAUGAAAUAAAUGUCCAGCCCUUUGGGCAGCUUAUACAAACAAAACCUAAUCCCUUUUCUUACAAAGGCCAGUUCAUCUCCAUGAAUAUUCAAAUGCCAUUUCCGAAAGUAUUUAAGUUGUCUGAUGCUUGUGUGUAUCAAGCCUGAAUAUAAUUUUCAUGGAUGCCUGUUGUGCACCAAUUGGGUUGUGCCUGACAAUUCUCACAUAGUGGCUGAGAUCACAAACAGGCCUUAAAAUAUCGGUCGGUCACGGACAUUGUCCGACCCAUUUGUGAAAUUGCCCUACGUACAGAGGAAACCACCGGACAUUCUGUCCGACCUAAGUGAAACUGAGGUUUAUUGUUUGUCCGACCCGAGUGUAUUGGUGUCCGACCGAACUGUUGUUUUGUCAAUCAAAAUGUUGCUGGCGGCAAGCGAAAUGGUGAAGUGAAAAACGAACUUGAGUGUCGACAUCUUGCUGUUGUUAUUGGGAUGCAAGUUAAUUUAGAUAUUUAAUAUCUUCGCAACGUUUACCGUUCAGAAUUAAUACACUGUGCUGAUAUUCGUUUGUGUCAUUCAGAUUUAUUUUCGAGCCAAACUGAACUGAAGCUCAUCGGACAUCAUCAUACAUAUGUCUGACCCAAACUCAAAGUCAUCGGACACUUUGUCAGACGGCUCUGUAAAAGAUAUUUUAAGGCCUGCACAAAUAUUGGAAUAUUAUAGUAUUAAUUAAUAUUGAAAAUGCAAACAUAUACUUAAAUGUGACCUGGCAGCAAGUGCAAAGAAGAGACUGGUGCAAAUUGUGUUGUGACAGGCCAUUUUCACUGUUUUCACUCAAAUCAGUGUAGCAUACAUACUGUUCAGUGAGAAAAGCAUUUAGCCGGACAUUUGCUCUUUAUGUCUCGGACAGUGUCUGUGUUCGGCCUCUUAUUUUCAGGCUUUGUGUACAUUUUUGUUAACCCUUUAAGCAGCAAUGUGCCCUGUUGCACCCUACUAUAUUAUUUUAAUCUGUAUAACACCAGGCGAUUUUACUUGUCAAGGGGAGAGGGUUGCCACUCAAUGGGUUACGUGGCAAUUUCAAAUACAAUGUAAACAAUAUUGUUGGUCUGUGGGAGUGCUCUUGAUGAUGAGUAAAAUGGUCUGGCAUUAGCCAAAGUAUAAUUAUAAUAAAUUUGCUCGGUGCAAUUCAACUUGAUGGGUUAAGUAGACACAUGGGCAGAUUUAACCCAUUGAGUGCCAAUUGUCUGGUGUUAGACAGAGUAAAAUAAUAAAGUAGGGUGCAUUAAGCUGCAAUACACGCUUCCGGAAAGUACGUCACCUUGGCUAUAGAGCCUCGUUUUCGUGAUUAAGACGUGGCCUCUAUAGCCAAAGUGACGUAUUUCCGAAAGGGUGUUUUAAACUUAAUCGGUUAAUUUAAUGGCAUGUUGGAGUGACUAUUUUGCAUAGGAUUGCAUCCAUAUACCAUACUUUGUUAUUAUUUUACUCCAUGACAAUUUUAAUUGUCAAUAGAAAAGUGCCAGCUAUCUGCCCAAUUGUGUCCUGUUUACCCUUUAAGCGACAUUGACAUUCACCCUACUUUGUUAUUCUACUCUGCCUAAAACAAAGGUCGAAUCGAGGUUCGAGGAAACUUCAUUAAUAAAAAAUGCUGGUCCCGAUAAGAUUUAACCAUCUAUAUACUUUCUAAAAAUAGUUAGCGCUGACGUUGCUUUGCAAAGGAAAAUACUGUUAUCAUUUUUACUAAAUGAAAUAAAUUUUACUAACUGUACACAUUGCUUAUAGCACACUGUUAACUUGAACUGUGAUCUAUUUUGUACAUAGCUGUUGGACAAUUUUACUUCUCAAGAAAAAACCCACUCGGUGUCAAGCCACUGUGCAUGCAAAGCCCAUUAUAUAAUAACUACAGUGAAACACGCAAUUUGAUUGGUCAACAGCCGUGCAGUAUCAGACAAUCCUGCACAGGAAAUUCUGAACAGAAAUUCUUGCACAUAAUUUUACAAAUAUACUCGCAUUGUAAAGUUUCAUUGCACGAUACCUUUCGACUUUGAAGUAAGUUUGCAAUUAUUGAGACGUUGGUUUAGUUGUAUGAAUAAAUUUCUGAUCGAUAAAACGCGUAGCGUUGAAAUUCAUCAGACCAUGGCAUGCAAGUACAACAUCUCUCGCUUCAAAGUUGAUCAAACGCUUCGCAAUCUUCACGUAUUCAGGUCGAGAAUCUUCAAAACUACUUUGGCUCUCUGAUUAGCGGGUUUUCCAUUUCAAAUUUCGUAUAUUUUAUCGAAAAAGUCCCGGUAUUUUCGCUGUAUAUUUUUGCGAAUAUAAUUUGCGAUCAAAUUCUGUUCACAUUUGUUGUUGUUUUCAAUAGCGUGGAGUAGCGAUUCUGCGAUUGGUUAAUUCACGAUUGUUGUGAGAACUGCACAUUUCAUCAGUAAUUUUAAUCAAGUUAACCGUCGUUUCACUGUAGUAAUUUUAUAACACAAUUACCAAAUGGUUUUCCCGUGCAGGAUAGCAUGAUCCAUGAACUUGGGAUGUUGCUCGAAAGUCUCCCAACAUCCGAAAGUCUCCCAACAUCCCGCGUGCAUGGAUCACGCAAUCCUGCACGGAAAACCAUUCGGUAUUCCUUUAAUAAUAUAUUUUGGUCAAAUACCAACGCAAGUCGUUUUACUAUCAGGAGGAAAAUUAUGCUCCUUAACCUAUUGUAUUGCUUUGCGGCCCAAUGCCGUCUACAGUGCUUUAUUAUUUUUAUAUAUUACAUCAGAUGAUCGUUCUCGUCUAUGAGAGAGUACUGGUGCUCAAUGGGCUAAGCCCAAGAUUAAGAAUAUCCCCGUAAAUCAGGGCUCGAAAUAGCGGACUGCCAAUGGCAAAAAGCAGGUGAUAUUUUAGAAAUGGCAGGCAAAAACAAAUUUUAACUGCCAAAGUAAAAAAAAAAUGGCAGGUGAAAUUCUAUAGAUAUAAUUCAUUAAAGCAAUACCGAAUGAUUUUCCGUGCAGGAUUGCGUAAUCCAUGCACACGGGAUGUGGCAAGACUUUCGGACAGCGUAAAAAUACACGAGCCGUAGCGAGUGUAUUUUUACGCUUUCCGAAAGUCGAGCAACAUCCCAAGUGCAUGGAUCAUGCUAUCCUGCACUGGAAAACCCAUUUGGUAAUUGUUUUAUAUAAUUACUACAGUGAAACGACGGUUAACUUUGAAAUUACUGAUGAAAUGUGCAGUUCUCACAACAAUCGUGAAUUAACCAAUCGGAGAAUCGCUACUCCACGCUACUGAAAACAACAACAAAUGUGAACAGAAUUUGAUCGCAAAUUAUAUUCGCAAAAAUAUACAGCGAAAAUACCGGAACUUUUUCGAUAAAAUAUACGAAAUUUGAAAUGGAAAACCCGCUAAACAGAGAGCCAAAGUAGUUUUGAAGAUUCUCGACCUGAAUACGUGAAGAUUGCGAAGCGUUUGAUAAACUUUGAAGCGAGAAAUGUUGUACUUGCAUGCCAUGGUCUGAUGAAUUUCAACGCUACACGUUGUAUCGAUCAGAAAUUUAUUCAUACAACUAAACCAACGUCUCAAUAAUUGCAAACUUACUUCAAAGUCGAAAGGUAUCGUGCAAUGAAACUUUACAAUGCGAGUAUAUUUGUAAAAUUAUAUGCAAGAAUUUCUGUUCAGAAUUUCCCGUGCAGGAUUGUCUGAUCCUGCACGGCUGUUGACCAAUCAAAUUGCGUGUUUCAGUGUAUUUAAUAUAUAAUUCAUUUUCUUUCCACGACUCAUAUAGACUAGAUCAUUUAGUUGACUAAAUACACAAAUCCAAAAAAAACAAUAAAAAUGCAUAUUAUGAAAACAUUGAAUCCCAUUGAUUUUUACAAUGUGACUCAUAUGAGACAUUAGAGAGUUUUAGCUUGACGUUUACGGCAAACGUCAAACCGCUAACGAAGUUUUUGAUUUUACAACUCUAUUAUAACAGCUUUUACACCAAUUUUGAAAUAUAAACAAUUAUUAAACUUGUGCUCUUUAGCAAGAUUUAAAAGAAAGCAAAUUAUCCACUAGUCACGUAUUCGCGAAAGCAGUAAAUUAAGAUUUGGCGUUUGAAUUUUACGUUUGGCGUAUAAAUUUCAUGCUUUAACGACUAUACAAGCCCUCAUAGCAGUUCGAGCAUGAAAUUUAUACGCCAAACGUAAACUUCAAACGCCAAAUCUUAAUUUACUGCUUUCGCGAAUACGUGACUAGUGGUUAAUUUGCUUUCUUUUAAAUCAUUGCUAAAGAGCACAAGUUUAAUAAUUGUUUAUAUUUCAAAAUUGGUAUAAAAGCUGUUAUAAUAGAGUUGUAAAAUCAAAAACUUCGUUAGCGGUUUGACGUUUGCCGUAAACGUCAAGCUAAAACUCUCUAAUAGCCUGCUCACAGACGUUGUUAUUCUUACGCCAAGCGACGAAUUACUACCGUCUGCUUACCCGAGCGCCAAACUGAAUUCCGCUACGUCGACCAAUCAGAAUUUACCUUCCAAAUUCUGGAAACUGACGUCAGUUGAUUUAGGAGCGGAAUAAAUAUAAAUAUAUAUAAAUAUAUAUUUUGAAAGCAGUCGUCGGUUGAAUUUUGCUCAAAAUUGCACAUAAAUUGAAUUUAAAGAUACUGAUACUUGUCCAGGUAAUAAAAUGCACCAUUAAUGAUUAUAGUUGGAUAUUAAAGAUGUUCGGUUAUAUUUAAACGCGGACAGGAUUGGCAUAUUUGAUAUACUGUAUGAAGCCAGACAGGCGAGACAGCAUCAAAUGCCGAAUAUAUUUCGCUGAAAUUUGAACUUUUGACGGAUGUUUAUCUUUAUAAGACAACAGAACUCGGAAGACAGAAAAUUUGAUAUAAUCAUGUGGCUUAGAAAGCGAAAUAUUAGCUUCAAAGUAAACUAAUUUGCUGUUUGGGCAACCUCUUCUGAAUGUAAACUGUAAAGUUAACACAACACAAACCCGAGAAACUUGUAUUGAAAUUGCGUCGUGAUGAGUUUUCCAAUUCGCCCAAACUUUGAAACGUUUAUACUCUAACUUGGCUAUACUUUUGUACAUGACAAUGAGAACUUAAUCUUUUAUAAGUUUAAUAAUAACUAGGUGUAUUAGUUAUGUAACGUUGUCAAGUUGGUAACAACGAUGUAAACAACUUCGAUAACAUGGGGGAAGAUAAUAUGCACAGGUUUACAAAAUAUGAUUUUUUCUCUGUUGGUGUUGUGUACUCAGGUGAAUAAGAUGCUUGUGAUGUUACUCUGAGUGUAUAUCCACACCGGACGAGUUUGAAAAAUAUACCCGGCCACGGUGGGAAUCGAACCUACGACCUUUGGAAUACUAGCUCAGUUGGAAUACUAGCUCAGUAGCUCAGUUGGCAGAGAAUUGGGCUAGUAUUCCAAAGGUCGUAGGUUCGAUUCCCACUGUGGCCGGGCAUAUUUUUCAAGCUCGUCCGGUGUGGAUAUAAACUCAGAGUAACAUCACAAACAUCAUAUUCACCUGAGUACACAACACCAACACAGAAAAAAAUCAUAUUACUAGAUUACACUGGUAUCGAAGGAACUAGAUUCUGUUCCGAAAUAUCAGUUACUCGAACCGUCCUGACCGCGUGGUAGCUCAGUUGGCAGAGCAUUGGGCUAGUAUUCCAAAGAUCGUAGGUUCGAUUCCCACCGUGGCCGGGCAUAUUUUUCAAGCUCGUCCGGUGUGGAUAUAAACUCAAAGUAACAUCACAAACAUUUUACAAAAUAUGUUUCCAUUCUUAUCUGUGUAGAUGAGAGACGACCUGUCAUGGAUGGCAGUACAUUGGUGAGUCGCCAAAUUUACCAUGCUGUUGGCAGUGACAAGAAAAGAUGUUUGCCAAAAACCCAUGUAAUGGAAACUACCCCUUCAUCAUCAUCGGGUGCCAUUUCCUUAAUGACACUCAUAUUCCAAGACAAAGAUAGCAAACGUCUCGCUAAAUGCCUGAGGGAUUCUGUGGAUGUUUUUGUCGUGUUUUUGAGACGUCACAAGUCUUGCCCAUUCAAGGUGCUUUUGGAUAAGUACUGCCCUGUUGAUGGCAAGUAUGAAGAUACUGGCAGUGUUAAAAACGUUCCAUAUUUUCAGGUAAUUUUUGCAAAUUUAAUUGUGUUAGUAUGCUGUGCAAGAAUGGUUUUUGAUAUGUGAAUCCAUUAGAGAAGUUAAUUCGUAUGGCACAAUGGAUGAUUCCAGGUAGCGACUACUUUUUUAUCUAGACAAGAAAGACGAAAUCUAUCAUUGUAGCUCAAAAGAGAAUUCUAAAAUUUGUAAAAUUGCAAGGUUUGGUUGCGAAAUGUUGUAAAUUACGAAAAAUAUAGCCAUGUGAAAUUAGCAAAUUUUGAGUAUUUUUGUAUUACGCGCGGAAAAAUGCACCACUUUUGGCUCAAAAGUGGCGAUCUCUACUCCUCUAAGCCGCUCAAUUAUUCAACAAUUUUCUUUGCGUUUCCUCGACGAAAACCCACAUGAAAAUGCUCGUCUGAAAACCUCGGUUAUUGUCGUAUUUUACGAAUCUGCCACGUGAUUUAUGAUCACCGAUACGCUCACGAUGACACGAAAUUUAGAGGUACAUGAAAGUUGCAUGCCAUAUAUGGCAUGGAACAAAAAAUGGAUAGCAUAAUUGUGACGUAUAUCAACAUAAUUUUGCAUUUCUAUAGGUAAAAUCUUUGUGCUUGGCGAUAUGUAAACGUGUUAUACCAUUGAAGAUCUGGGGAUCACAGGUGAACAGGACGGCUUUUAUUUCAAAUAUGGAGCGGUACUUGUCGUUGCGAAAGAAAGGCAAUAUGAGCGUCAAGAACGUAAUGCAGGGCAUUCGAAUCAGCGAUUGCGAUUUUGUAAAGCUCCCAAAACGUGCACAUGACUGCCGUGCUAGUCAAUCCGAGUCGAACAAGAGACAAGGGCUGGUUACAAAAUUUUUUGUCUGGCUGAUGAACUCGUACAUCGCGCCGUUGUUGAGAAAUGCUUUUACCAUCACGGAAUCUAUUCCUGGCAGAAAUCGUGUGUUCUUCUACCGGAAGGAGGUGUGGGCAGAUGCGCAAGCCGCCGCGGUUCAGGAUAUGCAUUCAUUAACUCCAUUACUCGAGGAAGACGCUGGUACAGUGGAAAGUCUUGGACUUGCGCCAAUGCGGCUAAUUCCUAAAACUUGGUAAGAAUAACAUUAUUCAAAAUAGUAACGUUUUUCGUAUAACCGCUGAUUCGCGCAUGCGUGUCCUAACGAUUUACCAACAGUUCAUGGAGGCAUACUGGGUAGAUUGUUUAAAGUUUUAUAUACAGUAUAAUCCAUCUCAUUUCUACUUAGGCUGUAUACUUUUGUCGAAGAAUGGUUACCAGUGAUAGAACGUUUUGGAUUUGGUCAUUUAUCUGUUUCAACUAGAGCGUAGAUUCUAGGGCUAUUUAUGCCACCGAAAGUAAGGCGCGCCUUGUACGCGUGACUAAAUAAGUCGCGAAAGACUGGUAUAAAGAGUGCUGUGCUGAGUGGUUAUAUUACUACCUGAAACAAGCAGAAACUCGACCUUUCGAGCGAAGGCCCUUCGUCAAGAGUUAGUAGCGACUAGUUGGCUCGAAACGUCGAGUUUCUGCUUGUUUUUCAGAUAGUAAUAUAAUUACCACUCAGCACAGCAUUUUUACAUUGGUACUACCGACACUGGUACAGGCAGUUUUGGUAUAGAGAGUGAAAUUGGAGAAGAUAUAUAGUUAAAAAUUCUAAUGGUGUUAUUCCCAGGGCUUUCAGAAUUAUUCAGGGUAGGUGUCUAUUUUGAUAAAGUAGGUGGCUGUAGGGAGGGGACCGUCUACUUAGGUACAUUGAUUACAUAGCAACACAACACAAAUUAUGAUGUAUCACUACUUUCUUUCUUCAACAAGAUUUAUUGUCAAUUUUCAACGUCACUUUUCAACGCGCGGUUUCCAAGUUCGUUGCGAACUUGCCAAUUACGUUUCCAAGUUCGGAAAUUGGGCGCGAAAUUUCAUACUCAAUAAUAAUGACCAAUUCAAUGAAAUACAAACCUUUUGGUAGCCCACUCGACCAAGAACUUUCCAUUGAAUUGUUAAUUUCAACUUGAACUAUGAACGUUUGUUUACAAUAGUUCAAACAUUGAAACGUACUUGCGAUCUUUGUUGCAAAGUUCACGCCCAAUAUUUGAACUUGGAAAUGUAAUCGGCAAGUUUCCAACGAACUUGGCAACCGCGCGUUGAAAAGUGACACGAAAUCGACAAUAAGGUGGCAAAUAACUAAAUCAGUUUUACGAAAUAGUACGUCGUUUUCGAAAAUAACCAGGCUAUAAAGUACAGACUAAGUUGAGGAAAAAUAACUUUGUUUGAAAGCUUAGAAUGGAGGAAGGAGAGCAGAAUUGAUUUUUCAAGUACUAAACAAAGUAACCGGCAGUAAACCUCGUGCCACCCGCCGGAGCUCCGGCGACCGCCGGGUUAUUUUGAAAGCCCUGUAUUUCUCCCUAACACACACUGUAUUUAAAGUUAAUUGUUGUCAGCGUUAACUGGUGAAGUGCAAUCCUUAGCUGUUAUUAGUUAAUUACAAUGACUUGAUUCGUUUUGGCUAUCAUCAACCUUUCACGGGGAAUUAUAAUUAAGAUAGUGAUUGAAAAUCACGUAUACAAUUCAUUAUUGUCUUACUGAAAAAUAUUGAUCAGAUUAACAAUACAUGCUAGGGUAUUAAAAGAGGGCGUCCAAUUUUCACAUAACGAUACAUCUACAGUAAAGGGGGGGGGGGAGUGUCGAGAAAACGUUCCUCUGGAAAACCUUUGAAGUUUAUGUUACUUCAUGUUAGUAUCUUUCCAACCUCGUUUGAAAUUUUUCAAACACAUUUGGCUUUGUGAGUUUGUGCCACUAUUGCUUCUUUCGAUAACUACCACGUUUUCAUUCAGCCAGGUACACCAUCAAAUUGAUCACAAUGUCAAAUGUAUAAUAGUAAUGAGAAUUCAAGCUAUUUCGUUUGGGAUUUAUUAAUAUACUUCGGGAAUCAUUGAAAAUAAUUUCCCUUUCCCCCCACAAUUUGGGCGUUCAAAGGCGUCCACCUAGGGGCGUCCCAGGAAGCCCUUCUGGCUAAAAACCUGCCUAGCAUCGUUAACGUUAAAAUUUACAACGUUUUCACUGCAGUUUACGCUAACUAUACAUUUUUGAAAGUCACCUAGAUACAUAUAUGGGUAAAGUUAACCACUAUUUGACUACAAAAUGGAUAGUUUUAUACAACCGGCCGCAGAACAUCACAAGAUUAUUAAUAUCUUGUACAAAAUAGGAAUGCAACAAGAUUAUCUGUCCACUGCCCAUAUGCAUGUUUAAUCUGUGUUUUUGAAUUUGCAUGAUCGCGAACUAUUUCGAGACUUGAGUCAUUAAAUAACUUAUCUCAAAGGAUGACUUUUGUACCUUAAUUGAAUGUAAAAUUUUCAAUGAAUAUUUACAGUGUCAUUUUAAUUUUCAAUAGCGGACUACGUCCAAUUGCCAACUUGGGUGCCAAGAUCAACCCUUCUGACAGCUUUCCUUACCAGCCACGCUCGGUAAACCAGUUGUUGAGCAACAUCGAAAGCGUCCUGGGGUACGAACGCCAGCGGUCUCCAGACUUACUGGGAGCAGCCGUCAUGGAUUACGGGGAGAUCUUUCACAAAAUAUCAUCGUUCAAAGGCAUGCACAAAGGGGAUGGAAGAUGCUUGCACUUUGUACGGUUGGAUUUCACCAAGUGCUACGAACGUAUAAACCAAGAUAAAAUGCUUGAAAUUCUUGAGCAGGUACAGUGAUUACAUUUUAUGCACCAGUCAAUACAACUCUCUGCUCCCCCCAACCGGGGAGGGGCGGGGGCAUUUGGCGGGGAAAGUGGUCAGUUUGAUUGUAAAUGUGUCCCCCCCCCCCCGGUGAUGGGAGACUUCGACGACAUUUUCUCUUUCGAUAGGCGAUGCGGGGACGAAAGAGGGGGGGGGGGUGUGGAUUUACUGGCUAACAUAUAUGCCUGUGUUGCUGUUUUAGUUUUCUUUACAAGAAAAGCUCAAAUACAAUAACAUAAAUGAAUAUGAGUUUCUGUUCCUAUGAAAUAUAUAAUACUAUUUUCCCGGGGUUCAGAGACAUGUGUGGACAUUGAUUAAUUUCCCUUCCCCUGGAGGUGAGGACAAUUUCACUCUUUUAAUAUCCCUCUAAGUCAGUGCCCUUCCCUGGUUGGGAGAGGGUGGAUUUACAUUGACUGGUGCAUUACGUUAACUAGUUUUAGGAUUUUAGUUUGCACAGUAGGAGAACCCCGCAUUGAGACUUGAAUAGUCAAGAUAAUUCUGUCAAAAGAAUCAACUUUUAAUAAUCUACUGACAGACAUUUUUUUGCCUUAUAGAGUAAUAUUUUGCUAAUUUAAUAAAUUGAUCACUUUAGAAAAAUAUAUAUUCAAAAGCAAGUUGUUUGUCACGCAAGCAUAGAUAUUUGUAUUGACUGCUGUUGCUUGACGAGAUUAAGGUGCUCUUCCCAGGACCGUAGCUAGUAUGUAUAGUUGGGGGGAGGGAGGGGGGGAGGGGAGGGGGGUUGUGUUGGCCAAAAAUUUCCAAAUGACGAAAAAAAUCCGAAUAUUUCAUGGCAUACGAAGCCACGAAGGUGUUUGCUAUCCGGAAAAUGAAGUCGCAAUUUACAAACAAAAAUACGCAUAUUUUACGCACAGGCAUAUUACAGAACAAUGCAGUGCCGUAGGAAGCUCGAUUUCAUUGUGGGUCUGAAAGCGGGGGCCGAAGGCCGGAGGAAAUGUUUUAAUUUAGAGUCUCUGAAAUGCCAUUUCCUGGACUUUGGGGAAACUUUGACAGAAUUGUGUUGGUCAGAAAAUAGCGUUUUAGUUUGUAGAAAUUUGUAAUUCGCUAACAAUUUAGUAGCCCUAAAUGGGCGAAGGCGUAUUUAAUUAACUAUAUAUUGGAGAAGUUGCGGGAAAGUACGGGUAAUAUGAUUCUUUGCAGUUUGUCAUGGAUAAUGUAACCGCUUAAAAUGUAUCAAUGAUCAGUAUUUUAAAGGUAUAUUAUUUGAUUUAUUUCAAUGAUAAAGGUCUGCAUGAUUUUGAAAAAAGAAUGAUUAUUAGUAAUUGCUACGGCCCUGAGAAGUAAUAAACCGAAAAACACUUCCCGAUUUACCAUUUGUUAAUUGUUAUCCAUGUAAAUACAAUUAUAUUAUAUUUUCUCUGUUUAACAACUAAAAUUUUGUUAUACUAUUAUUGCCGUAAUUUUCCGAAUGGCCAACCUGAUUUUCCGAAUAUGUUAAUCCUAAAAAUGUUUUUUUUGGGGGGGGGGACCCCCAAAAAGUUUACGCACAAAUUUACUCUAAACUGACAAAUCGGGCAAAUUGUACCCAUUCUUAUGGUAAAACGAUAAUUCUAUCUGAAGCAAUAAGAUACAUAUGCGAUUGGGUUAUUCUAUUGUUCCAUUUUUUAAUUAUAUUGUUCUAUGUAAGUUAUUCUAAUAACGGAACAAAAAAGCAGGGCUCGAAAUAACGGCCGAUCAACGAUCACUGAUCGACAGGAAAUUGUUUUUGAUCGGCGAAAGAGCAACGUUGCCGUUCAUCUUGAUCGGCAAGAAAUAUAUUUGAGUAAUUUAACCAUUGUCUGAAAGACAUGCUUACCUGUACGCGGUAAAAGACAAAUAAAAAUAACAUGAAACACAUUCAAAAACACGCGAAAAACUCUUGUUUAAUUGAUACGAGUCAUACGACAGGCCGCAAUGCUAUGAAGUAUUGUCGUUAUUUCAACAGUCUGCAAUCCGAACCACGCCGACGAACCGGUCUUUGUCAUAAUAAUUUCGAAUUGGUAGGAUUUUUUGAGUAGGAUUUUUUAGGAUUUUCUCUUUUAAUAUUAAAUAAUAAGUUUUAGUGAACUGCUGUGUUUCUUGCUUUUGUGUGAAAAAAUACAAUUACAGUAUACUAUAAUUAAAACUAAUUAAACUAAAGUUUACCAUGGUAAUACAUGUUAAAUGUGGUUACACUAUUAGUAUUGUCAGUAUUGUAUAUAUAUAAAGUCCACAAAUGCCAUAGAUUUAAUUGUUUAAACUCGAAUUUGAAAUGAAGUUAUUAAACGUCCUCUUUAGAUGUGUAUUUAAUGGCAUAUUUAGAAUAUUUUCAAGGAAAUGAGGGCAAAUGCUCCUGCACUCUAAAAACACUCUGGUUAAAUUUGGGUUAAUUCAACCAGUACGGGGUUAAAAAUCCACCUACACAAGUCUGGUUAAAAAAAAUUAACCAUUUUCCUGGUUAAAAGUCCAAAAAAGUGUACCAAAUUUUUGUUGAAUUGAUAAUUUUUAACCAGGAAAUGGGUUAAAUUUAACCAGAAUGUGUUGGGUGGAUUAUUAACCCAAUUCCUGGUUGAAUUUAACCAGAGUGUUUUUAGUGUGAUCGGCCAAAUUUUUAUUUGAUCGGCAGAAAGUCGUGAUUGCCGAUCACCAUGAUCGGGAACGUUGGGAACGUUAUUUCGAGCCCUGUUUUUUAUUUAUUUUUAUUUAGCUUUAAUUGCCAACUAGGGCAGGGUCACCACAACAGCAUAGGGCAAUUACAUACUGUUGGGUCCUUCUUCCUAACCCACCCUGUCAACUUUCUCUGUGGGAGGAAACCGGAGUACCCGGAGAAAACAGAGUGUUGGCAGAGUGUUGACUUUUUACUCUUUUCACCUGAGGACUGGGUCCGAGUUGCACUGAGAAGGCCUUAUUCCAUUAGCUGUGUAUUUUUUAGAUUCAAGACAUAGAUUGAUGUUUUAUAUGUCAUUUAAUUUUUUUGUUUGCAAAUCCUUAGUGAUUAAGUUUCACUCACAUCCUUUUUGGAGCAAACCCUAUGUUUACCCUAUAGGGAGGCCUAUGGUAGUUACUAUGACAAUGCCAAAUGUAAAAGUUACUGAUCCUGUGUCAAUAUCAUAUUUAACUCAAAUGUGAUGACAAAAGAGCACAGUUAAUGUUUAUCACUUACUAUUGUUCUAGGUUAUUAAGGAAGACGAGUAUACCAUCCGGAAGUAUUGCACUGUGAAAACGAUAUUCAAUGACAACCUUGUGUUCAAACACCGACAACCUGCAGCUCCCGCUGAGGAUAAUCGAUACUUCCCAGCUUUUGUGGAGGAUGUAACGCGCAAGAGGAAGUUGAACAAUUCAUUGAUCGUGGAUAAGAUGAACUAUGGCUCUGUCUGUCGCGAUGAGUUGAUGAGGGAUUUGGUGAAGCACAUCAAGGGCAAUAUUGUUCAACUAUCUUCUCAAAAAUACUUGCAGAGUUGUGGUAAGUCUCAUUUAAUGUUGUAGAUUAUCCGAUAAUGUUGGACGUUGGAUUGCACCCCACUGGGGCUGUUAAUUUGAUACAAUAUUGCGCAUGCGUGUAUAUGAGCCCAAGGUGGCAAAAUACUAAGUACAGUAGAAUCGAGACCUGAUAUUUCCCCUUUUUGAGAGUGAAUCCAAAUACGAGUUUCGUUACCUGGAACCAAUGAACUCAAUUUAUUUACUUUACCUGGAACGAUAAAUGAAUACCAAAAACAUGGAAAAAUGUAUAGAUACAGUUGGCCUGUGUUUGUUUAAAGGUGGAUCUGAACUACCGAGGAUAUGCUUUUAAAGAGGCUACCUAUAGUUUCGUCUGAGGCUCAUUUAGCCAAAUUGUCUGCGUCUUGCGCGUCGAAUACGUAUGGUCUUUUUACACAAACUCCAAAAGUAUUUUUAAUCACUUUUAGUGUUUAUCUUGGAAAGAAAGAUGCCAGUUUUUAAAAAAAAAUUAUGUCAUUUAAAAAAUCUUAUGUAAUUUAAAAAAGUGCGUGUCUGUUGUUAAGCAGUUUUUAAGCUCUCGUUUUGUAUGUUUCUCAUCUAUUCACGUUUAGCAUUUGCCUUUUAAGUGAUUAAAAAUCUUCGUACAAACGUAUGAAAUUGCGGUUUUGCUACAAGAUGGCAACUUGUACACUUGUUUUAAAGGGGCACUAUCAUUAAAAUUUUUUUUUCAUAAUCCAGAAAUAUAACGUAUGCUUGAUAUUCUUACCAAAUUUCAAGCAAAAUUCGUUCAUCUUCCUGACUUUUUUACGAUUCUUAUUUGCCAAUUUUACGGCCGCCACUAAACGCGCCCUAUUAAGCGAGAAGGCGUUUUGAAGAGGAUGUGAUGUCAUUCACUCAACACACCGAAUGUUUUUAUUGUAUUUCACUACUAUUUAAACAAUGUCUUCGUACAAAUUCAUACAAAGGAGAGUCAGAAACUUCAGAAAGUGAACAUUCGCAUUGGAGCAAAGCGAGCUGUGAUGAGGAAACGUACGGUGACUCACAUUCAAGUGAAAAUAGUGAUGAAAAGAUGAAAUCAAACCUAGAAUUGUUAUUUGUUAUCUGUUAACAAUAAAUGGCUAUCUUGUUUGUUGUUGAAAACAUGACCUUUGGCAGGCUUUCGGUCAAUAAUAAUCCUUGUUUUUACAAACUUACUUUUGCAGUUGAAAAGGAUAAUUUUCAUCACUCGUUCAAAGUUUGCUUUAGCAUCACUUUAUACUUCUUUAAUAUACAUCAGAGCAACUUGAUAGUUUCUCACGUACACAAAACAUAAGCAGCGAUGGAAGGAAAACCUUUAGCGAACUGCGUAUGAUAUAAAUAAACCUUUCGGUCAAUCAAAAUACGAACAAAAAUACAAACAAAUGCCUUGUAAUUUAUAGCUAUAAAUAAUAUUUCAAUUCAUGUGCAUGUCUGUCUAAUAACUGUCUAUCGGUCUAUUUCUGUAUGUUUAACGACUGUAAAUUAAACUGACAUGCACUCAGGGAAUUUUGUAGUGCAAGUAAAUAUCCUACGACUCUAUGCGCGUUUCGCUUGCCGUAAGAUUCAUUGUAGGCCGGCUAGUAUUGUAUAGCAAACUAUAUAAGUAUAAAAAGGUCACGCGCGACGGGGAUAAAUACAAUAGUUGAUUUUACAACUUGCAUGCAUUUGAAAAGUAGAUGUGUAAUUUUCAACUUGCGCCCAUUGCCACUGGCAUUGAGUAUAUUAAAGGUUUAUAUUACUAUAAAAGUAUGGAAAACAAAUAUUGAACUGAUUUGAAGCAUUAUUAAUUUAGCAUAUUAAUUCUGUGAUUCGGUCCCGAGAUAUUAUUCGUUCUAUUUAUACAAAUUAUCCGAUUCAAAUGCAAGUUGUAAAAUCUGAAAUCAACUUAUUCAGUUAUUGUUAUAUGCAAUAUCUUUCGCAUAAUAUCAAUACCUCGAUAUAUACCGCGUUUAUACGUGUCCCAGGGCAAGCGAAAACGCAGAUAGAGUCAUAGGAUAUUUACUUAAUCUCCAAGUACACUAAAUUCCCUGAGUGUCAGUUUAAUUUACAGUCGUUAAAAAUACUGAAAUAGACCAAUAGACACAAUCGUUGAAAUCAUGUGUUUAUAACUAUAUAUAACUUACAUUUAUUGUCAACAAAUAUUAACAAUUUUUUCUGUGUUGGUGUAGUGUAUACUCAGGUGAAUAUGAUAUUUGUGGUGUUACUCUAAGUGUAUAUCCACACCGGGCGAGCUUGAAAAAUAUGCCCGGCCACAGUGGGAUUCGAACCUACGACCUUUGGAAUAGGUCGUAGGUUCGUAGGUUCGAAUCCCACUAUGGCGGGCAUAUUUUUCAAGCUCGCCCGGUGUGGAUAUACACUCAGAGUAACACCACAAAUAUCAUAUUCACCUGAGUACACUACACCAACACAGAAAAAAAAAAUUCAUAUUACUAGAAUACAUUGGUAUCGAAGGAACUAGAUUCUGUUCCGAAAUAUCACUUACUCGAACCGUCCUGACCGCGUAGCUCAGUUGGAAGAGCAUUGGGCUAGUAUUCCAAAGGUCGUAGGUUCGAAUCCCACUGUGGCCGGGCAUAUUUUUCAAGCUCGCCCAGUGUGGAUAUACACUCAGAGUAACACCACAAGUAAAAUAUUAACAAUUCUAGGUUUGAUUUCUUCUCUUCAUCACUAUUAUCACUUGAAUGUGAGUCACCGUACGUUUCUUCAUCACAGCUCGUUUUCCUCCCAUGCGAAUGUUCACUUUCUGACGUUUCUGACUCUCCUUUGAAUUUGUACGAAGACAUUUUUGAAAUAGUAGUGAAAUACAAUAAAAACAUUCGGCGUGUCGAGUGAAUGACGUCACAUCCUCUUCUAAACGCCUUCUCGCUUAAUUGGGCGAGUUUAAUGGCGGCCGUAAAAUUGGCAAAUAGGAAUCGUAAAAACGUCAGGAAGAUGAAGGUGUCACAGAACCAAUCAAGAGAAUCUUCAGUAAUUGUAAUAUUAAGGUUGCCUUAAAACCCUAUUUGACUUUAGGCCAUAUUUUCGCAAAGCCAAAAGAUCCUGUUAAAACAAAUCACAAAACUCGUACAUUCUAUACCAUGCGGUGACUGCGAGAAAGAGUAUUUGGGUCAGUCUAAACGCCAGUUUGGUACAUGGCUAAGAGAACAUCAAAAGGCUGUUUCAACUUUAGACAAGGGAAAAUCAACUUUAGCCGAACAUGUAUGUUAGACCAAACACGAGAUUGCGUGGGAAAACUCUAAAGUAAUUACCGCAAACAAUCGCUAUGGUCAAAGACUUUGCCUAGAAGCGUGGCAUAUAAAUAUGAGUAAUCAUGCUUUGAAUAGGGAUGACGGUGCCUAUUUGCCAGAGGAAUAUAUGCAUCUCAUUGGCAGGUGACGUCAUCCCUUGGGUAUUUAAGAAGUCACAAUUGCAAUUUUAGAUCACCCCUGACGAAGACACUAGACUGGAGUGUCGAAUCGUUGGGUCUUGAUUACAAUUCGACUGGGCUUUGUAAUCAUUUAUUUAAACCAGAGUAGCGAGCGAAACAUGAUUGAUAUACCCGGUUGCAGUGAACGAACAAACUUUAAAACAAUAAAAUAUUCCUAAAUGAAUGUCUUUUUGAAUUAAUUUUGCGCCCUUGGUCGCAGUUGUUCGACCAUUUUAGGGUGCACAGAAAAUGGCCACUUUCUUAUAUUAGGAUUUGUGUGACUAUAAAAUCCGGGAAUAUCCGAACAAUCUUCACGAUAAAUUAUUAUUAUAUAGAAUAAUACAGAUCAUGUCGAGAUAGAUUUUUGCGUACAUGAGAUGUGUAUUGAUUACCAGAAAUAACCGGAUUCUAUUGGAAUAUUGGAUUCUCAACGAUUUUGCAAGGCGCUUCUGAAUUGUUCAUUAUCAAUGUUCAGUUUAUCCCAUUUUAAACGUUGUAUUAUAAAAGUAUUCUGAAUAGUGUUUUUGGCAACAUGUAUUAUCAAUGGAAUCUCCAGGCGAUAGUAAAUAAAUACUACAUAUUUGCUAUUAAUGCAAUUAUUUUCUUUAUAUUUUAAAACGAUUCGUUAUCUACGUCCCAUAUUAUCAUAUCUUUUGUAUAUAACACUUUUUAGAUCGACCCUUGCCAUAUGUAAACAUAAACAAAAGCGCGCAAAGCAUUACCGUGAAACUCAUUCUUUAAAACUAGUAUGUUGAAUUACUGUAGUCAUGUGCUGUGUGCAAAUUCUCAAAAACUUUACAUCUAGGCGAUUUCAAAUGGCCCUAAAAUGUUUUUAACGCUUUUUAUACUCCAUAAAUCUUUAAACCAAUAAAAACGUAUUUCCUAACAACUACUGUACAAAAUAUAACAUGAAGCAGCCGAAGUAAAAUGUAUAAAAUACAUCAGGACCGUUGUUUGCAAAAUUCCGUUGUUUGCAAAAUUUGUUAAUUUGUUUGAAAAGUAGCCCUGGGAUAUCUUGCUUUUUUAAAUAAAAAGCUCGCAGCUUCAUGAGUGAAGCAAAAUCAUUCGGCGCGUUGCAAAGCACUUAACGUUAACUAGCACUUAACACUAUUUUUAUGCAACUGAUUUUGCAACAGAUUUUUCGACCACUCCACUCACCAGAGAAUUUGAUGGUGAAUCAUGUUCUUUUGUCUUAAUUCAUGCUAUAUUUGAUUUUUUUCUGAAGUAUCUGUGUGAACAUUGUGAAUAAUCAUGCACUUUGAAGUUCUUUAUACGAAAAUUUGAAAAUAUUUAUUGUUUUUAUUUUGUGGUAGGUAUUGCACAAGGUUCGAAGAUCUCUCCUAUUUUGUGUAAUCUUUAUUUGGGGCAUAUGGAAAGAGAAGUUUUUCCAGAUGUUUUGUGCGACAAAGAUUCGCUAUUGAUGCGCUGGAUGGAUGAUCCUUUGCUAGUCACAUAUGACCUGGAGUUGGCAAAGCGUUAUCUUACAACAACGCUUGAACUUGAUCCAGCGUAUAACUGCAAAGUCAACGUCGAGAAAUGUCUGGUAAACUUUGAUAUCCCUGCCCAAAAGAAGAUAAAUCUGCUUCCUGAAUGUGACUGUUGGAUUUCCUGGUGUGGCCUUCUAGUGAACACGGUUACAUUGGAAGUGAAGUAUGAUUACUCCAAAACCCAAGGUAUGUUUUUUUGUGGAUAUAUUAUUUUAAAGCACACAUGACACAGAAUUUUUCUUCCCAGAUUCUAUCUGGCCCAUUUGUUCAAUUAUUUGCUUCCAACAAAACAGAAAGGGUGUUUUGAGAUUUUCGUUUAUUAUUAUCGUUAAUUGCAGUGGUGUACAUAAUCUGUUGAAUUAAAUAAAACUUUGUAAAAGUGUCUACUUACUUUUGUAUGUAAUUGUACAAAUUAACAUGUAAAACGCCCCUCCUUAGUCCUGUCUCAAGCCCAAUUUACACUACAUAACUUUUGACUAAAACUGUCGUAUGCAACCUGCUUACAACCUGUUUAAAUCCAGCUUACAACUGACCUACACUCGAGUUGUGUGCUUGAUUUACACAGUACAACGCAUGUUGUAAGCAUGUUGCAUGCGACAAUUUUAGGCAAAAGUUGGAAUGUAAAUCGGCCUUAAACCUACCUGCCCAGUCCACAGAUUUUGUCACUGUUUGUAACCUUUAUUAAGGAUUUUUGUGCCAUUACAGGUGCGCGAUCUAGUCCAGCUUGAGUAACCUUUUUCUGUUAACCUCAACAGUGUAAAAAUCAUAUUGGAAAUUUUGGAUUGAAACCGUGCGUGGUAACUCUUAGUUCGCGCACUUGUAUAUAUUUUUUUAAGAAAAUAUGCAAAUUUCCUUAUGUGACAGUGUCACAUGCUCAUCGCAGUAAACGUUGAUUGUAACCAUAUAAGAAGUUGCCAAAUCAUAUUUGUUCCUCUGCAGCCGAAACAUAUAAUUUUUUGUGCUGGCUAUAAUAAUACUGAAAAGAUUUAAUCAAUUUUUACUGUCGAUGCACUGGAAGUGUUGAUAAAAUAUUGCACCAAAUAAUUCCUUUCCUCAAUUUGAUCAAUUCAUUUGAUAGAAAAUUGAUCAACUUCCUGAUACUUUUAGAUGAGCCAAUUAGAUUUUGUUUCAGAACCAAUUGACCAAUAGGAAACGCACAUGAAGUAAAAAGAAAUUUGGAUACGUAUGAAUUGAUCAACUUGGGGAAAUGAAUUCAUGCAAUAUUUUAUCAACACUUCCAUUGCAUCAAGAGUAUUAUUAUUGAUCUGUAGAAAUGAAGGACGUGAGGAAUAGUUUGACCUUCGAUGUAACAAAGACGCCCGGGAUGAAGAUGAUGGAAAAUUUGAUGGCUGCCAUGCAAACCAAGCUCCACCAAUUAUUCCUUCAUCCCACCGUCAACUCAAUCCGAACGGUCGAAACUAACCUUCAAGAGUCCUUCAUGUAUUUCGCCAGAAGAUUUGACGCGUUUGUUUCUGAAUUGCCACCACGUAAGCAAAUACGAAUUUAUAUAUUUCAAAGCCGCUGUUCCAGACAACAUUGGAGGGCGAGGGUACAAAUGCCGCUUCACUAUGUACACCCGGUGACCCGGAAAGGAAAGUGGGCUGAUUGAAAAUUUCAUCAAUGAUUCUGGGUGUAUCUCACUGAAUUAACUUAAUGUGGCGAAUGUCAGGCGUGUAGUGAGUGCUAUUUGAAAAAUCUCAAUGAAAAUCCACAGUAUCUGGCUCUAUAUUUUAUAAAUAGCUGAUGGGGCCAGGAUUGACACAAAUGGCAAGUUAUAUAUAUUUAUCAUUUAUAGACCCAGAGCGAGGGGGAUUCGGCGUAAUAUUUCCCGAAGUGAUGAUAUUUUCCAAGGGGCUUUGUCCCGAGCAAAAUAUCAUCACUGAGGGAAGUAUCGCCGAAUCCCCCGAGCGGAGGGUCUAUAAAUGAUAUAUUAUACCGAAAGUUAAAGAACUCACCAAGAGUCUAUCAAGUUCAGAAUAAACUUUAGAACUUGCUGAAUAGUGAAUAUUAACUACGCGAAACCAUUUUUAAUUUCUUAUCUAUACCUGAGUUUUUGACGUUUUCUUCUUAAAAUAUUUGACCAAGUAUCCUUUGGAUCGUUGAAUGUAACAUACGUGUUGAAAUAUUUUGUUAACUUAGUAAAUCUUCUGUAGUUCUGUACGAAAUUACAAACAACAGCUCUCGAACGCCAUAUUGUUUCAGAGCGUGGUGUCCACGCGUCACGCGUGAGCGUGGGAUACUAUAAUAUCCCACGGUGGAUCUGCCGUGGGCUAUUAUAGUAUCUCACACUGGAUUGCGAAAUCAUGAAUUUGAGUGAAAUACCGUAAAUAAUCACACUAUCACGUGGUACAAAGUUUUUUUAGAUACGUAUUCGUCAAGAAAACUAUACUUUUCUGAAAACGCACGUGAUGUGAUAUCACACCGGUGGUAUUUGCAUCCCCAAAAAAGUACUCUGGUCUGAUUCGUAAUAACUUCUAAACAAGUACAGCUUUUAAAGAGAAAUAACUUGCCUCAUAGAGAAAGGAUUAACUUAGAUUUUGAUAACUUAGACAGUUGUGUUUCACUUAAAAAUUCUCAAAAGUUUUCAUCUUAAAAGUUUUCAUCUUAAAUUUUCAAUCUUAAAUUUUCAAUCUUAAAUUUGUCAUUAUGGAGCUGAAUGUGUACAAAUUUCAAUCAAAUUUUGUCCAUACCUCUGUAAGAAGUGCCUCUUAGCGUUUUCGAUCUAAAAUUUGUUGUUUUGGGGCUAAAUUUUUGCUUCAGUGGUUCAAUUUCUCCUUCGUGAUAUAUUCUGAAUGCGUAAUGAGCUAACUUGGAUACCCACAUAUCGGAAUUUUAAUUAAAUUAUCACAAAAAAUGUAAACAAAACCCGCGCAUGAGCAGAACGGACUUGACAGCCUCUUUAAUCAUUUACAGCGUUCCAUUUAUUUAGUUUUGGUUUCAAAUUAAGUUCACUCCAAUAACCGGUGAAUUAUUCAUACUUUGACACUUGUAUACUAUAUAACAAAACACUUAUUUACUAAGACCUCAGGAAAGCAGUGUGUUUUGUGGCCCCUCGACCGCGAUUGUUGCCCUCGGCUCCGCUUCGGCAACAACAGCGGUCUUGGGUCCACAAAACACACUGUUUCGCUCGGUCUCAGUAAUUAAGUGAUAAAUAUAUUAUACUUAUACGGAAUUUUUAACUUCAUUUCCGCUAGGCAUUCAAGUGCAUCAGAAUCCCGACUUUUUCUUGAAAGGCGUGGAGAACAUCAUCCAGAGAUACUACGUACUGGCAAGCAGGUUCUUAGAUCGCACCAUUACUCAAGAGAAAAUCUUUUCCUUGUUCUACCAAGCUGUGUUGGAGCUCAUCAGACGGAAAUCAGUAAGGUAUGGUGUAUUGAUUGAUAUGCUAAAAGGUAAGGUAAAGAGCCUAUAAUUCAACCUCGUUUCCAGGCUCUUCCCUCUUGAGGAGGAAAGACCCUGGUCGGAGCUGAUCACGUGGCUUACAGAAAAUUAAUUGCCUAGGGGUGUGUGGGAAAUGUAUCAGAUUACAUGCUUCCACUUCCGCACUUAACACUUCGAUCGCAAGGGGUGACAUCACAUACGCAAGUCAAAAUACUUGCUAAAUUUGAUUUCUGUUUGCUCUUAAAUUAUAAAAAUAAUAUAUAUUUACAUUAUUCAUAAACUAUAUACGCACAAAGUCUCGCACAAACAUAGCAUUUAUAUUUUACGAGAUUUUAUAAGCAUUUUAAAGUUUCCGUUGAUAUAUUGAUAGUCUGUUUGUCUUCAGUAUAUACGGCAUUAGUUAGAUGCUAUAUUUAAUUCUAAAAAGUUGAUUGCUAUGUCUCACAGCAACGUGUGUUUAUUUUUGCUGCCGAAGGCAGCACACUAUUCUUGACGAUUUGUUUUUCUCGCACCAGUCCGUUUCCGGCCGAGUUAUGUAUAGCCGAGUUAUGUAUAGGUGAAUGUACGGAUUUUCAGAUUUAUGACGUAUUUUGACGUCACAGAAAUUUACUGUAAAAAAAUAACAUACCCUGUCUGAGACUCGCGAACACCACCUUGGAUUAUUACAAUUUGUAAUUUGUAAAUAACACGUUGCCUCCUGCCUCUUGUAAAUUUUGAUUCCAGGUUGCUGCAAAUUUUAUGUCUGGCUGUUUAUCGAAAUAUUUUUUACGUCUGGCUAUUUAUCGAAAAUAUUCUUCAAGAUAAGAUGAAAGUUUGAUCUCAAAUAACAAUGUGUUUUGGUCGAAUUAUUUUACCCAUUCGGAAACGAGUGAAUCCACUAUUGGAACACACAAUGACACAAUUGUAGACGAAGGAAAAAUUAUCUGACUUGUAGGCUACAAAUAUUUUCCCUUAG